UUCAAAAGACAAGCAGCUGAGGAAUAGGACCAGGAUAACAUUGCUUGGUUAACUUGAUUUGGAUAACUUAAGUACACUCUAAUUUCUCUGAGUCUCCAUGGCCUUGCUGAUGAAAUGCUUGGUGUGUGUGAUUGCCCUGUCGCUGACGUUGACCGCCAGUCAUGCCUUACAAAGAAUCGCUCUGAAGAGGAUGCCCUCCAUAAGAGAGACUCUGCAUGGGAUGGGGGUGUCUCCAACCCAGUUCUUUGCUGAAGUGGCCCAGAAAAGCAAAGAUGACCCUUCCCCGAGCAACGGGACCACCCCUCUUACCAACUACUUGGAUACCCAGUACUAUGGGGAGAUCAGCAUUGGUUCUCCGGCCCAGACGUUCAACGUGGUGUUUGAUACAGGCUCAGCAAACCUAUGGGUACCCUCGUCCCAUUGUUCACCCCUUUAUACUGCCUGCUUUACACACAACAGAUACGACGCCACCAAUUCCCUAACACACAUCAAGAAUGGGACAGGUUUCUCUAUCCAGUACGCCUCUGGAAAUGUCCGGGGAUUCCUUAGCGAGGAUGUUGUUGUGGUGGGUGGCAUUCCGGUGGUCCAAAUGUUUGCAGAGGCCACAGCCCUGCCCGCCAUUCCUUUCAUCUUCGCCAAGUUUGACGGGGUCCUGGGUAUGGGCUACCCCAACACGGCCAUCGACGGCAUCACCCCUGUGUUCGACCGCAUCAUGUCUCAGCAAAUCCUCAAGAAGCAGGUUUUCUCUGUCUAUUACAGCAAAGAUCCAAUGCACAAACCCGGUGGAGAGUUAGUGCUAGGAGGGACCGACCCCAACUACUUCACCGGGAACUUCAACUACAUAGACACCAGUCAAGCAGGGAAAUGGGAAGUCAACAUGAAGGGGAUAUCUGUGGGAGAAGAGAUGCUCUUCUGUAUGGCAGGCUGUACAGCAGUGAUUGACACAGGCUCCUCCUACAUCACAGGCCCCGCCUCCUCCGUGUCCAUGCUGAUGAAGACCAUUGGAGCCACAGAGCUGGCAGAGGGAGGGUUCACAGUGAACUGUGACCAAGUGAAGUCCCUACCCAGUGUCACCUUUCAUCUGGGAGGUCAUGGGUACGUGCUCACUGUGGAGGACUACAUCUUAUGGGAAUCUCAGUUUGGAGAGGACAUCUGUAGCGUGACCUUUAGGGGUUUGGAUGUGCCGCCCCCUACUGGCCCUAUCUGGAUCUUAGGCGCCAACUUCAUCGCCCGCUACUACACAGAGUUUGAUCGUCGCAACAACCGCAUAGGGUUCGCCAUAGCGGUCUGACGGGAGGCUCCAUUGAGCCACUGAGCUUAUGCUAGUUCUCUCUCUCACACGUUCUCCCUCUGUCUUUCUAACUGUCUCUUACUAUUGGCCUCAACAUUCUUCCCUUACUCAAUCAUUCAGAUCAGUUUUCUUCUUAUACAUAUUAUCAAUGUCCUCUGCCCCCGUAUCCUUACAAUUCUACCAUGUGGAAUCAUAUGUUCUUUUCCAAUCUGUGCCAUUUGCUUUGUUUACCUCGUACCACCCAGUCAACAUACAGUACAUUGUUUUUAGUUGAUGAAUAUUGGCAUGCUAAUGAAAACACACUUAUUUUGUGCUAUAGAUCAUAUGGCUUGCAGAUACAAUAUUGGUUGCAGCCCAAAUUCCAUAUUUGAACAAUCCUUGCAUAAUCCCGCUUUGUCCAACAUAUUGUAUGCACUUCCAUGACGCAACAAGAAUAAAUCUUGUUUAAAAGAACUGUCUAAAUUCUUGUUUUAGUCCGCAGAACAAUAUUUUUGUUUACACUAUGUUCUCAGGAUGUUUGUGUUUUCAAUCAGAGGAAAAACUAGCAGAAAACAAUGUUCCUUGUUCACCGACCCUGUAAUCACAAGCAUCUUACAUUGGUGCUUUAGGACAUCCAAGCACUGGUCACAAGGCAAAACAAGCAGAAUGGUGAACUAUGUUGUCCCUUCAGAAAUGUUAUAUUCAACAAAAAGCGAAUUCCAUUUAUUUUGGAUCAAUUUGUAUGUUGUUGACUAAAA